CCAUGCAGGCCACUUAACGGCGUCUUUUCGUUAACUUUCGCCACGGACAUUGUACUAGAGAAAUACAAGAACAAGAAAAGUGUUGUCCUGGUCGUGCUUGCGGGAAUAAAGUGGCCCAGAUAGUUUCGGGAAUGUGGUGCUUUACGGAAACCACUUCAAACCCCCAAAAUCCUGAAGAAGAAAAAACCGAAGAAACCAGUCAAGAGAUCAUCAGUACCGAAAGCUACAUUAAACAUCCACUACAGAACAGAUGGUCUCUUUGGUUCUUUAAAAAUGACAAAAGCAAAACCUGGCAGGCCAACCUCCGUCUGAUUUCCAAAUUUGACACAGUGGAAGAUUUCUGGGCUCUCUACAACCACAUUCAGCUCUCCAGCAAUCUAAUGUCUGGCUGCGACUACUCCCUCUUCAAGGACGGCAUCGAGCCCAUGUGGGAGGACGAGAGGAACAAGCGAGGAGGGCGAUGGCUGAUCACGCUCAACAAGCAGCAGCGUCGGGCCGACCUAGACCGCUUCUGGCUGGAGACACUUCUGUGUCUGAUCGGCGAGGCCUUCGAUGACUACAGCGACGAGGUGUGUGGUGCGGUCGUCAACAUCCGGACGAAAGGAGACAAAAUCGCUGUGUGGACGACUGACUAUGAGAACAGGGAGGCUGUGACCCAUAUAGGGAGGGUGUAUAAGGAGCGAUUAGGUGUGCCACAGAAGCUGACCAUCGGCUACCAGUCCCACGCCGACACGGCAACCAAGAGUGGCUCCACCACCAAGAACAAGUUCAUCGUCUGAGAGCUGCCAGACCCAUACUUUUUUUUUUAUUUUACUUUUUUUUAUUUCAUUUUGUUUGAGAUGACCGCGUCACGCAAUCCACACCCAGGUUAAACCAAAGCUUCUUCAGAAGCAGAACGGACUGCGUUUGAUCGAAUCUGGAGAAAACUCUGAUCAUACAGUCACGCCACCUCGACUCUGUUCCGCCACACAAGUUCAUCCUUUCAGCAGUUUUUCAUACGACCUAAACCACAAAAACAAACAAACUUGGGUUCUCACACUUGUGCAAUUAAAUUUGCACAUUAACCUCAUACGAAAAAAGGAAAAAGAAAGUUGAUGUAACGAUGUCAAUAAAAACCAUGUUUGUCUUUUAAAUCUUCUGUUGAUUAAACGGCAGACAGCGGGAAAUUAAUUUUUGAAUCUUUUCAAAUUGCUUUGUGCUUCUCUUUACAGCAGUGCUUUUGCUGUAAUCCUUAACACUAUUAAAGCCUUUUAAUUUAUUUCAUUCAUUUUCGCCAGAAGAUUUAUGUAGCCUCCGCCAUUUUGGUUGUUUUCAAAGCUUAGUUUGGUUUUGUUUUAGAGGGGUUUGGACUUUAUAAAGAGUGUAAUCAAGCUAAUGUGAUUUUCUGUAGCUUCAUUUUUUCUUGAGCAUUAACAUAAUUAAAAUUGGUUUUGCAAUUCAAUAUAGUGUUUUUUUUCUUAAUGAUAUUGUGGAUUUUUUAUGUAACUUGUAAUUUUUACAUUCCUUGCUAUAAAUGCUAAGAUAUAUGGGGGAAAAAUACUUUUGUUUUAUGUUUGGCUGCCUUUUCAGACAUGUAUUCAUUUUGAAUAUAAUUUGCUUUAAUUGAAUGCCUCAAUUUGAAAUCCCCUUGUAUAAAGACGAAGAGGAAAAAACGUCUGUAAAUAAACGUGUACAUUGAACUGUU